UCUACUCUUUCUUAUAAGUUAUAACACAUGGUAUUUGACAGUUUGAUAAGUUUGUAAACUAAAUUGAUUUUGAACAAUAGGAAGGGAGAACAAUGGUGAAGAAGGUCUCGAGAGUUUGCGUUACAGGUGGUUCUGGAUAUAUUGGCUGUAUGCUUGUCAAGAAGCUUCUAGAGAAGGGCCACUCUCAGAAACUUAGGUUUCUCUCUGAUGCAUCGAAAGUAGGCCUUCUGAAGUCUCUCCCCAAUGCAGACACCAAUUUAUUGCUGUUCAGAGCUGACAUAUACGAUCCUAAUGAGUUCGAGCCAGCUAUUGAAGGGUGUGAGUUUGUUUUUCAUGUUGCAACUCCUCUACAACAUAACCCCCAAAGCUCCCAGUACAAGGACACUACUGAAGCUGCUGUUGCUGGGGUGAGAAUAAUUGCUUAUUCUUGCAUUCGAUCUCAGACAGUUAAGCGACUGAUCUACACUGGAAGCACACUUUCUAUGUCUUCAAGAAAGGAUGAUGGAGUUGGCUUCAAACCCAUACUUGAUGAGUCAUGUUGGACACCGCUGGAUGCCUCAUCUACUUAUGGCAAUGCUUACACGAUGGGAUACAUUAAAUCAAAGACUUUAGGUGAGAAAGUAAUGCUGAGCUACAAUGACUUUGGUGAUAGUAAACUAGAAGUGGUAACUCUUCCUUGUGGCUUAGUGGGAGGAGAAAGUCUUCUUCCAAAUCUGGUUUCAAGUGUGGGAGUGAUACUGGCACAACUUACUGGGGACUUGUUUUCUUGCAAUGCCUUAAAAUUCAUGCAAGAAUUCAUGGGAUCAAUUCCUCUGGUGCACGUUGAUGAUGUUUGUCAAGCACAUAUCUUCUGCAUGGAACAACCAUCAAUGAAAGGCAGAUUCUGUUGUGCUGUUGCCCGGCACCCUAUCAAAGAAAUUGCAAUGUACUUCCACGAAACUUACCCAGAAUACAAGUUACAUAAAGAAUCGACUGAAGGGCCUAAAGAAGGAAGCAAAAGUGAUUUCAGUAAGCUGAAGAAGAUAGGCUUCCAGUACAAGUUUGGCAUGAAGGAGAUACUAGAUGACAGUGUAGCAUGGGCAAAGAAGUUAAAUGUGAUCUCCUUUUCUCAAGCAGUUUAAUCCUGGUAAUUCAAAAACGCAAAGGUCCAAUGCCAUUAUA